CUCACGCAAGGAAUAAUAAUUUUUAGUAAGAAAAAGAAAAGGUGAAAAAGAAAAAAAGAGGCUUUUUCAGGUCUCCACCUGAAGAAAGGAAAAAUCAAAGCCUCACCCGAAGGAUGAGUCUCUUCGGUCUGGGCAGAAAUCAGCGAACAUUCCGCCCAAAAAAAAGUGCACCUUCAGGAAGUAAGGGUGCACAGCUUAAAAAGCACAUUGAUGCCACCCUGGGUAGUGGAAACCUAAGGGAAGCAGUAAGGCUACCUCCUGGGGAGGAUUUAAAUGAAUGGCUCGCAGUCAACACUGUGGAUUUCUUCAAUCAGGUGAAUCUGCUCUAUGGUACACUCACAGAGUUUUGUACUCCUGAGAACUGUCCUACAAUGACUGCAGGCCCUAAGUAUGAAUAUAGAUGGGCAGAUGGUGUGCAAAUUAAGAAACCUAUCGAGGUUUCUGCUCCAAAAUAUGUUGAAUAUCUAAUGGACUGGAUCGAAGCACAGCUUGAUGAUGAAUCCAUAUUUCCUCAAAAGCUUGGCACACCGUUUCCCCCCAACUUCAAGGAGGUGGUGAAGACAAUAUUCAAAAGACUGUUCCGUGUAUAUGCCCACAUCUAUCACUCUCACUUUCAGAAAAUUGUGAGCCUUAAGGAGGAAGCCCAUUUGAACACAUGCUUCAAGCAUUUCAUUCUGUUUACUUGUGAAUUCGGGUUGAUUGACAAGAAAGAGCUAGCUCCACUUCAAGAGCUCAUAGAAUCCAUCAUAGUGCCCUACUAAAUAUAUAGGGUUGGAGAGUUGGAGAUCCUGAAAUAUUUUUAUUUUAGGGAUGCAAAAGUAAUAAGUUAGACUAUUUUAGUAUGCGACUUAAAAAGUCUCUCUUUCUCUAUGUUAUAAAUGCAAUUCAUAUGCCAUCUUCCUUGGAUUUAAAACUUUGCAGGGAGUGACUCUGUUGUUUUUCUUCCUUUUUUUGGAUGCCUAGAUCAAGCAUUUGCGAAAAGCAGCUUGUCCUGAAAGUAAUGAAAGCCUGAAUUUCCUUUUAA